AUGCCUGAGCCUGUUCACUAUGUCCAAAUAUCAAAGGAAAACCAUCCAUAUGAUUGUCUUAGUCUUGAUCUUUCUGGGAUGUUAUUGUUCCUCCUCUCUUCUCUUCUCAUCCCUCUUUGCUUCCGCUUCUCCAAGAGGUCUGUUCUUUCUGCAUAUUCCUUGAAGCUGCAGUCUCUCAGCUGCGACACCUGCAAAAACUAUGCAUUCUUACUCGUCAGUGGGAUUUUGGUGAUCAUUGUCGGUAGAUCUGGCCUGAUUGAGACUAGAUGGUCUGGUAUCACUCCUUCUGGUCCGCGGACCACACAUAACGGACCUCAGUUCAACGGACAUGGCUGUGAUUUCUCAAAUGAAUUGACAGAGGAAAGAGGAACAACAGAUGCUGAAGAAAAGCUUCCAAUGGCUGUUAAAGCUGAGUUCUUGAUUCAGAAAGAUGAAAUUCAAGAUCAAGGAAGUGAGUCGGGGAUCACCGAGGCAACUCGCGACAAUAACGACGACGAUGAUGAUGGUGGCGGUGACGACAACAACGAAGCACAUGGAGAGUCAAGCAUAGAGGAAUUCAACAGGAAAUGCGAUGACUUCAUAAAGGAAACAAAAGGAGAACCUUGA